AGCCAGAAGGGGGGGGGGAGUCAGCCAGGAGGGGACAUGCAUGAAUGAAGGUUAUUAUCAUGUCAUGACAUUACAUUUUAGGUCAAAAGUGGAGCCAUGUGGACAGACUUUGGGGUAUUUUUCUCGGAUUCGGCAAAUAUUUUGAUUACGUCGGGAAUACGCGCAGAACAGUGACGCUUUCAAUAGUAGGACAUUAAUUUAGAUGUAAAGCUAUUUACAGAGAUAUACCGACAAAAUGUUGCCUUUGAGCGCGUGUUUAUCCGGUGCUUUUGUGGUCAAAAAAUUUAGAUUUAGAUUUAUGUCAGGUGACAUUUGUGUAUAUAUACACACACACACACAUACAUACACACACACGCACACACACACACACACAAAAUGGACCUUGUGGUGAGAUUAUUUUGUUUAAACAUGGAAGGUUUAUUAGAAUAUAUAAUAUAUUGUAGUAUAAACAUUUAGGGUAAAAGCAUGUGCUCACAUAUUAGUUGUUUUAUCAUAAAAAUGACUGGGGUGGGAAAAAUGCUUUGACUUUGACAUCAUGUUUGACAAAUACUGUUAUCCUAAUCGAGUAUGUGGAGUUGACACUGUUGCAGUAUCUAUAUAUGAAAAGUAGUCCUCAGGUUAGUUUUGAUCAUACAAUGGUUUCACUUCUGUGAAAGUGUUGUGGUGAAAGCAACAAACUUGCCGGAAAUAAAAUUUGGAAAAAAGCAUCAGAUAAUGAAGCCAUGCAAAACGAUGCAACGAUGAUGGAACUUCAUUUGCAUGUCAACAAUACUGUUUCUUUGUGAUUUCCUUUUGCAAUGCAUAAAAAUGGAACAUCUUGUUCCUCUAACUCGACUGACUGACACAAUUUCCAUCAUCACUCGCUCGGUGCACAUUCAGCUUGUCUGGCAGCAAGUUUGCAGCAUGGAACAACUCAACUCCACUGUGGUCAUUUCUAACAUCUCCUCCUCUCCUGGACAUCCAUCUCCUGCCUCCUGGGACUCCAGCAGUCUGGCCCCUGCAGUGGUGCUGUCCCUCUGUUUCCUGCUGGGAGUUCCUGGAAACAUCGCUGUGAUCAUCCUCAGACCAAACUGGCAGCACAUGUCCAGUUUGAGCCAGAUUUUGAUGCUGAAUUUGGCCAUAUCAGACCUGGUCUGCCUGCUCCCCCUGCCCCUGUGGAUUUACACUUUACUGUACAGUUGGACACUGGGCCUGGUGGCCUGUAAGCUCCUAUCAUAUUUGCUGUACUGCAGCCUUUAUGGUAGCCUAAUGACAGUGACAGUGCUGAGUGUCCAGCGCUACCUAAAGGUGGUGUACCUGCAGAGGUACUUCCAUCACGUAGGAUUAAAGAGGGUGCUGGUUCUGCUCUGGCUGGCUGCAAUGAUCCUGUCGAUCCCAGGUUUAGUGAAUGGACAGUUGACCCCAGACCAGAACUGGAUACGCUGCAAGUUUCGCUACUCUUCCCCGGCCCAGCAGGAGGCCGUGCUGCUGACAGAAACCCUGACAGGAUUUCUUUGCUGUUUUGUCGUGGCAUUUUCAUACAUCGGCCUUCACAGAAAAGUGAACCAGGCAGCUUUCUUCAACCACGCACAGACCACCCGGCUGAUCACAAGUAUUGUCGUGUCCUUUUUUGUCCUAUGGAUGCCAUAUCAUAUCACAAAUGUGCUUGGCGUGGCUGCUGUUUCUCUCAAAAACAAAGGCCUGUCUAAGUUUUACACGGACAACAGGGACAUUGUUGGAGCACUGGUAUUUGUGAAUAGCUGCCUGAAUCCACUCCUUUAUGCAUUUGCGUUUAGAAACAAGUGCACUGUGUGCCAGAAAAGAGAACAUUAAUACUGUUGUUAUUAUGCAGAAGCUCACCGUUCCAGGAAGUCUAAUCAUUUGAUUUAGUAUGAUCGAUGAAAAGCCACCAGAGCCCAGAUCCUGAAAUAAGGUGUUUUUAGUCGAAAUAUCUAAUCUUCCCUGCUGAUUCACAGUUUGAGGGUGUGGUUCUCUCAUUUGUAACAGAGAGCUGUGCAUGAUUUGUGGUAUAAUGAGGAUUUUUUUGCUGAUUACAACUGGUCCUCAGCCAGAGCUGUAAAAAUAAAGGUUUGGUAAAAUGAAUCAGGCAAAGAGUUAAAUAACAAUGUGGAAAUUAUUGAUUCAUUUGCAUUUAGAAUACAACUUUGAUUUCCUGUUCAACAUAUGUUUUUAAUGAAUUUAGGUCAUAAUCUACAGAAAUAUGUUUUUCUACUUCAUCCAUCAUACAUGUAUUUUUUGUGUGUGUGUGUGUGUGUUGUGGAUGUGUAUGUGGUAAAACAACCCUUUCUUACUGAUAAUUACAUUUUCUAUCACAUCUUAGCUUUUAAGGGAACAAUCCAGUCAGAGGAAACAACAGUUAAUGUAAAGAUUGAAUAAAUGUUUGUGUUGGAGGGCAUCCAACAAGAGGAAUGACCAUUUGUCUCUAAUGUUUAGCAACAGACAUACACACAAGAGGAAGGAUAUUGAGAGAGGAAGAGUGUGCUCUACUGAUAAUACCAGCAGAUGUAUAAACUAAUUUAUUGAUUCCUUUAUUCUUCUUCCUUUUGUCUAUGACAAGUAGAAGCUAGACAUAUUGUCAGGCAGACUAUUUCAGCUAUUGUGUUUUGUAUAUUGUAUAUAUGUUUGUUUCCAGUAAACUGUGAAACACUGUAACAUAUAAAAUGUUACAUAAAACAAAAGAUAUACAAGGAUGAGAUUGAUAACCACUCAUGUGUGGUAAAUACAAAGCUACAGCCAGCAGCUGGCUAACUUAGCACUAAUCUGUUAUCUUACCAGAGGCUGGCUAGCUGUUUCCCCGUUUCCAAUCAUUAUGCUAAGCUAAGCUAACCGGCUGCUGGAAGUAUCUUCAUAUUUAUCGUACAGACAUGAGAGUGGAAUCAAUCUUCUCGUCUAACUCGCAGGAAGUAAGAAGUACAGAAGUAUUAUCAGCAAAAUGUACAUAAAGUAUCAAAAGGAAAAGUGCAGAUAAAUGUCCCUGCCAUGUGACUGUUACAGUAGGCUAUAUGAUUAUUAAAUCUUUAAAUAACUAUUACUGAUAAGUAAGCAGUCUUUUACUUUUGUAGUUGGUUGAGGUUGAUGUCAUUUUAACUAGUUUACUGUAACUGUAGUUUAUAUAUUUUGUACAGUAUGUAACUAACCAGAAACUAACAGCUGUCAAAUAAUUGCAAUGGGGUAAAAGUACAAUAUUCUCUUCUUAAGUGAAGUGAGGUAGAAGUAUAAAGUGACAUAAAAUGGAAGUAUAAAUACCUUGUUUUUUAUGUACAGUACUUGAGUACACGCUAACUGUUUAUAAUCAACUCUUUCUGUGACUGUGCUCAAAUAUUAUGUUGGUCAUUGUGAGGAUGUCUUCUUCCUGGCUUCUCGCUACCGGCUUCUCGGUGCGUGACACAUUGCAAAAACUAGGGCGACGGGCGCUCACCGUCGGCCCGACUUGGACCCAUGGCCAACGGUCUACUUGGUGUGCCAGCACCUUUAACGGUACAUGAGAAGCUGUCUCCCCGUGCAGUAGCAGUGUGCUUCCAAAUAUUCUUCUAGGGAAUUUCUUUGUUAUUGUUAAAUGUUUCACUUAAUUUCCUUUACGGCCUAUGUGAAUAUGCUUAAUUGCUGUGCAGAUCAUUUUUUAAAUAAAGCUCUUUGUUGUUCUA